AUGGGCAACACGUCUUCGGAAGCCGCGGGCUGCGCGAAAAAUCCGGCCUUCGAAAAAACAACCCAAAAAGGCCAUUCAAAAGAACAGAACCUUGAGUACGCAGUUUCGAGCAUGCAAGGAAAGCGGCCGUCUAUGGAAGACAAGCAUCUGUAUUGCGUCGAACUUCCCGUACACGGUAAAAUUCCUACAUUUCUGGUGGAUCACGCGAUUUUUGCUGUUUUUGACGGACAUGGGGGUCCUUUUUCAUCCACAUAUGUGGAAGAACAUUUUCUGCAAGCGCUGGUAUCAACAUUUUUGAUGCUUGACGAAAUGCUCAUUCCGAUGCAGAAACAGCGCAAUGCCGCUAUUUCAAGUGGAGAACUAACGCCACCACCUCUUGCAGCCGAAAGCGAUUCGGAAGACGAAAACACUGCUGGAACGGACUCCGGCAUCCCAUUAAAGCUAAAUGGGGAACGCUCAGGAUCUACUUGUGUGGCUGUUCUGUUGACACCAACGCACUUCGUCUGCGCCAACACGGGAGACUCUAGAGCCAUCCUGCGUAGGAACGGAAAGAUUCUACCUCUCAGUUUUGAUCACAAGCCGGUAGAAGUAGGCGAACGAGCUCGCAUUACGAGCGCAGGCGGUGUCGUCAAGGGCAAACGGAUUGAUGGAGAUCUCGCUGUUAGCAGAGGCUUUGGAGAUUAUAUGUACAAAAAAGAUCCCGGGCUUGCUCCCGAUCUGCAGAAAGUUACAGUUGUUCCCGAUCUCGUCGUCUACCCUCGUGACCAAGCUUUUGACGAAUUUAUUCUUUUGGCAUGUGACGGAGUUUGGGAUGUUGCUAGCAAUACGCAGUGCGCGGACAUUGUCCAGAAGCUACUUACCGAAGGAGAGACAGAUUUGGGAAACAUAUGUGAGGAGGCCUUGGACACUUGCCUCGAUCGCCACAGCGGAGACAACAUGACCGUUAUGCUUGUGGGACUA